UGGAGUAAAUUCUUUGUUAUUAUAAUAAGAGCUUGUGUGGUCAAAUACGUAAGUGACGAGUAUGGUAAAAAUGAAAGUGAAAAAUUCUUUGGAUGGGCUUGAUGCCUGGUAUGAUGAAAAGGUUAGAAGGAACAGUACUCCUGAUUGUCUAUUAAGGAAUCGUUCAACAAAUAGCAGAUUAUCUUCCCCAGGUCAAGGGCAUGGGGAAGAAGGAUCAGCUGGUACAACUGGUUAUUCUCACAGUGCUGUAGAUUUAUCUGAUCCCAGGACACCAACACCAUCAACCAGCACGGAUCAACCUCUAUUUUUACAAGUACCAGAUCCUUAUUAUUAUAAUCAUGUAGUACAACGAAGAAGACAAUCUUUCGACGUUUCUGCCGAUAGUAUACGGUCAGCUAGAGGAGUGUUAGCAGUAAAAGUUAAUACUCCUACCAUUAUCAUGGAGAAAUGGAUAGCGGGCAGACGGGCUAGUUUACCAGUCGUCAGGAAGAAAUCUGACAGUAGUAAAAUUCCGUCUUUGAAACCGUUUCGUAAUAAAGCAGCAAAAAGCCCUAAUUUACCAAAAAAACCAACAUCAUCUUUGGAUAAUGUUAAAAUACGAACUGGAUCUGGAACAUUGCAUCCACCAGAUGACGGACCCCAGUCGGCAUACAGCACAGAAGAUUUAGAUACUGUAUGCUCACAUUGUUCUGAUUCAAAGGUUGAUGGGAUGACUCGUGAAAAUGGAACGAGUCUGGAGGCGGCCAUUGAUGAUGUUGAUGACUGUCAUACCACGGACGCGGAUAAAACGAAGGCUGCCAUUGGCUACAUUCAGUCCAAAAUCAAUAAAACUAAGGACAUGAUCAAACAGGAACAGUCAGUGAAAGAAUCUAAUGUGAAUGAAUAUUUACGAUUAGCCACAAGUGCUGACAAACAGCAGGCUCAAAGAAUUAAAACAGUUUUUGAAAAACGAAACCAAAAAUCAGCACAAAGCAUCAUCCAGAUGCAGAAAAAAUUAGAAAAUCUUCAGAAGAAACAGGAUGACAUUGAGCAACAUGGUGUCACCAGCCACAAACAGGCCAAGGAAAUGUUACGCGAUGUCGGACAAGGUCUCAAGGGUGUAGUUGACAGUGUGAAGGGAGCUAAAGAGUCUAUUGUGGCUAAACCUAAAGAAUUUGCACAUUUGAUAAAAAAUAAAUUUGGUAGUGAAGGAAAUAUUAAUCAAAUCAAAAUGGAAGAUAAUGGUGAAAACAAAGACCAGAAUAAAAGUGGUGGAACACUACCUGCCAGUUUUAAGUAUGAGGAUAACGAAGAUGAUAAUUCUAGUAUAACUUCCGGGUCUGGUUUUGGGGCUCAAAGUAGCCCUCAUUCCACAUCCCAAAAUAUCACACAAACCUCUCCAUUAGCCCAAACCCUAAUAGAACCUAUACUACAUGAUAUCUCUGAUGUUAGAGAAGAGGGGAAAAAAAUACAGGAUACUAUUCAACGAAUUAUAGAAGAUUUCGAGGCUUAUAGAAAUUCAGCUCAGGCCGAUAUAUCAAUGUUACGUCAUUUGUUAGAUGAAGAAAAAUACAAAAUAGAAAGAAUGGAAGACCAGAUGAAUGAUUUAACAGAAUUACACCAGAAUGAAAUAACUAAUUUAAAACAGGAUAUAACUAGUAUGGAAGAAAAAAUAGAAUACCGGUUGGAAGAAAGAACCAGUGAUUUGAGUGAUCUAGUUGACAAUUGCCAAACAAGAAUUCAGCGUAUGGAACAGCAGCAACAGCAACAACAAAUAUUAUCCAUGGAAAUGGUGGAGAAUGUAACAUUUCGAACUAUUUUAACCAAAUUAAUAAAUGUAGUUUUAGCAUUAGUAGCUGUUAUAUUAGUCUUUGUGUCAACAGCUGCUAACUUAUUAUCUCCCUUUCUUACAACCAGGUUGAGAAUAAUAUCCACCAUUGUGAUAAUAUUUGCUCUAACGCUAAUUGGCCAAAACUACGACUCAAUUGGAGUAUUGCCAGGUUAUAUCUGGGACAAACUGAAAAAUAUAUUACCAUGGUGAUAGUCAAAUGAAAAUUUUUCCUAAAGGUGACAAUAUAUUUUUAAUGAAAUUGGAAGUGUCCAGUAUGGAUGGAACAGCAAUUUUUUACAGAGAGAUAAUAAUUUUAUAACUGAAAUUAUCGGGACGUGUAAUAAAUGUCAAGUCAGAAACGAAGAUGUCAAUUUCUUGUGUCUGGAUUGGAUAAAAAUCUAUACAACUUUGUGAUGUUUUGACCUGAAGCUGAAAAUAGAAGGCAUAUGAUUGGAUAAUAUUUUUUUAAUUGUCAUUAUGAUUGGACGAUCAUUUCUUCAAUCAUAAUUAGGAUUGUGAUAUGUUUUCCUGUGUGUAUUUUCCCUUUUUCUUUUUCGGAAUUUGGAACAAGAGGCAAUAUAUAUGUGUGUAUAUAUAUUAUGUACAGAUUCAAGUAUUUUUAGACUUAAUGACAUGUUAACAUGUUGGAUUUUCGAGGAAAAGAGUCACUAUUCUGGAAGUGAAAUAAACAUAUACACAGUGUGUUCUAUUUUUGUGUUUGUAUGACAAAGGUCAAGAAUUGGGUAUUAGCUGGCCUAAGCAACCUUUUUAUGCACACAAAAUCACUACAUCGAUAAAACAUGAAAUUCAGCAAGUGAUAUUGAAUUUUGUGUAUCAUUCAAAGUCAAGAUCACUUGCGCUGUUGGAGUUUUAACAAUAGUGCAUGAAAAUGCUGCUGUUUGGGCAAAAUUGUCUCUCUCAUAUUGCGCACAUAACCAUAGAAAUAAAAAUUAACUGUAUGCUUUGUAUGUGACCGUAACUAUCUGCUUGUGUUCACGUCAGUGCAGAAAUGGUUUGAAUUGGGGCACAUGAUAAUGCCAUAUAUGGUUAUAAGAAUCACAUGACAAUGCCUUAUAAGGUUAUGCCUUAUAAGGUUGUAAGAAUUAGAUGACAUGUUAAUAUGUAUGUAUGUAUAUAGAGCUUUGUUAAAUUAUACAAACUUUAUUUCUGUGUGUGAAAUAUACCUGUAUAUAGAAAUAAUUAUAAAGCCAUAUCACUAAACUAGUUUGAUAUAAAUACCAUACACAUUUCUACAUUCUAACAAAAGGCAAAAUAGGUAAUUUAUAAUCAUGUUGUCCUCCUGCAAUGUCAUUUUCAAACAGAUCUGUCCUAAUGAUUGUAAAUAUGAUGUAACUUUCAAAUUAUGAUACAGUAACAUGUAUAUUAAAGCUAGAUGGGCAACUAAGAUAUGACAAAGAAAAUAUGCCAUAGAGUUCACUUUCAGUCAUAAAGUUUGGCAAAUAUUUUAUUUACUAAAGUAUAGUUUUCAUUGUUAACGUUAAUUUGCCCAAGUAAAUGUGCUUAGAUGGCAACACAGGUCUUCCAUUGGAUAUUGUUUCGAACAUAUACAUGUAUAUGGUUUGUUUCUGACCUGUUGUAAAAUUGACUGGCAAAUUAAAAAGUCAAUCAAUUUACAUGCCUUAAAUUUAGGUAUUUCAACUUUAAAACCUUUAAGUUUUAACUUUAAAUCACAAUAAAUUCAGCUAAUGUUAAAAUUUUGUACACCCACACUACCGGUACAUGUUUUGUUUAUGUUAGAGGCUAGCACUAGUAAGAACUAAAAGCUUAUCAAAUCUUAAUUAUUUUAGACAAUUUUUUCAUGGGUUGCUUAUUUUGUUCAGUUUAUAGUACAAAUAAUUAAACAUUUGACGGCUUUUAUGGACCCCUCAGUCAACAUAGAUGCUCUGGCCGUAUGGUUCAUUGCCUGGCAACCUAUUUUUUUAUAAAUUAAGAAAAUGCUUAAUAUUGUCACAUCGGGGUGUCUGAUAUGACAAUCCCAUAUAUGGUCUGACCAUAUAUAGGCGAUUCCACAGGACAUUUAUUUCAAAGCUUUAAUUAUCCAUUUAAUUUUAUUAUUAUCUUUUAGAAUAUUGUCUUCAUGUUCAAUCUGAUUAAAUUCUGAAAUCAAA